AAAGUGGCAAAAAAUGGAACACGAGAGGUGUUACGUGUCUUGUAACUGCAACCAGACCCCGACUGCGGCACAUUGGGGUGCCAAUAACCUAAUCUGUUACGCCGCCUGUAACUCCAUCAUGAUUUAUGACCCAAAAUGGGGCUCCGGUGGUAAAAUUAUAGCGAGUCUGGUGGGGCAUACGAAGCGCGUUAACUCAGUCAGGUGGCUCUCAGGGGCGGAGCUGGUGUCAGGGGCGUGUGACCACACUGCGAUUGUUUGGAAGUUAACUGGCGGCAAAUAUGCCCCCAUGGUGCUACAGCACGAAAGCAUCGUAAAUAUAGUUGACGGGAUUUGUAAAAAUGAAGGGGUGGUUGUUGUCACAGUUGCGAUGGACGCUGUCGUAAAGAUAUGGUUCAGGGCAAUCGAAUCAGACGAUUUUACGCUAAUUAGAGACAUAAAGGGUGGGCACUCGAUUUGUGUAGGGGUCAGAAUUGCGUUUUUCCCCCAAAAAGAAUCUUUAAUCCUGGCGUGUGCUAUGGAUAAUUCUGCAAUUGAUUUGUAUGUUGAGGAAAAUGAAUUCGCACAUUGUCACACCUUGAAGGGUCAUGAGGACUGGGUCAGGGGACUCGAUUUUACAACUGAUGGUAAAGACUUGCUCCUGGCGUCUGCUUCGCAGGACUGUUAUAUCCGUCUGUGGCGCUUUGCCCCUCAGUCCGAAAUCUCGGAACCCCACAAUGUAAUCAAAUUAAAAAACGCCUUGUAUAAAGUGUCUCUAGACACAAUUUUGACUGGCCAUGAAGGCUGGAUUUACUCCGUGCACUGGAGCCCCAAAUCGCCCCAACUACUCUCAUCCUCCCUCGACAAAUCCAUGAUAAUCUGGGAGUUCGACUCUUCCACUAACCUAUGGACCGAGAAAGUAAGGGUUGGGGAAGUCGGGGGCAACACUUUGGGGUUCUACGGCGGAGUCUUCAGCCCCGACGGCCACAAUAUCCUCGCCCAUGGCUACAACGGCGCCUUCCACUUGUGGGAAAACGCCUCCAGCGGGUGGAAACCGUGCGUUACCAUCGGGGGGCACUUCGCCGAAGUCACAGACUUGGCGUGGGACCCCCAGGGGGAGUUCCUCCUGACGGUCUCCGCCGACCAAACGACGCGAAUCCACGCCCCCUGGAGCGACGAUAAAGACGCCACGUGGCACGAAAUCGCGAGGCCCCAAGUGCACGGUUAUGAUUUGAGUUCAGUGGCGGUUUUGUCGCGGUAUAGGUUUGCCUCCUCGGCUGAGGAAAAAGUGAUUCGGACGUUUGAGGCUCCGAGGAAUUUUGUCGAAAAUUUUGCGCGAAUUUGUAAAAUUAACGAUGUUGUGGAGGGAAGUGCACCCAAAGGGGCGGCGGUCCCCUCGUUGGGGCUCUCGAACAAAGCGGUGUUUUUGAGCGAGGGAGGGGGCGAUGAAGAGUCGCAUUUCACGGAAGUGGUCCUCACAGCUCCUCCCACCGAGGAGACGCUUCUCCAGAACACUUUGUGGCCGGAGGUGCAGAAGCUCUACGGUCACGGUUACGAGGUCUACUCUUUGGCGUCGUCCCCAGACGGUCGUUUUUUGGCUUCGGCUUGUAAAGCGACAACCCCCGAACACGCCGCGAUCCUACUUUGGGACACCUCCAACUGGAAACAAAUCCAAAAGCUUGUCUCUCAUACAUUAACCGUAGUCCAGUUGUCUUUCUCUCCCGACUCCCAACACCUCCUUUCGGUGUCGCGUGACCGCCGAUGGUCCCUCUUUUCGAAAAACCCAAACGCCACUUUCGAGCUGGUGGCCACAACAGACAAGAGAACAUCAAUCCACACUAGGAUAAUCUGGUGCUGCGGGUGGACGCACGACUCGAGAUAUUUCGCGACGGGGUCACGCGACGGCAAAGUGGCCGUUUGGACGAAGAACGCAAACAAGCAAGAAACGGGUGUUUUAGGGCAGUAUGAAGCCGCCUCAGUGCACUUGGAGCUGAAAAAUGAGUCAGUAACGGCGGUCGCUUUUGCACCGGACUGCGUUUUCGGGAGUUAUUUGAUUGCCGUCGGGUUAGAAGUCGGGGUUAUUCACUGUUUGAAAUGGUCAACAAGCGCCUGGGAGAGAAUUUUAUUCUUGGAUAAAAAUGCUGCUCAUCACUUGACCGUGAAGAGAUUAGCCUUCCGGCCCGCUUUCGGCGCAGCGGGCCAGGAAAAGGACGACAGGGUUUUACAACUGGCCAGUUGCGGCAGCGACAACACCGUUGUUGUACAUAAUUUUUUGAUAAAAUAAAAUUUUCGAACAA